AUGAUUAUCUGGCUUCCAAUUCUAUUAUUCGUUGAUCAUCUAACUGGAGAUUUUAUUUCUAAUAAGAAUGAUUAUGAUGUACAUGGUUCAAAGACAGCAUUCAACGAUCAUUUUCUUGUUCAAGUUCAAAAUGAUAAAAAUUCAUUGACAUUUCUCCUUCAUUUUGCACCUUACGAAAAUAUGGCAGAAUCGUUGGAAUGCUCCAUCUAUUUUCCAAAUCUGACAAAUCAUUACGUUCACAGCGUUGGUGUCGGUAGAAGGCAAACGCAGACUGAAAGACAUUUUUUCUUCGUUGGCGAAUCAGUUAACGAUCAAGUUGGUGCGUUUAUUGGUCUGGUCAAGUAUAAUGGUACAGAAAAUGAAUCAUUACCAUGCAGCUCGAGUCUGUCGUAUCAUCUACAAUAUUUGCACAGUUUUCAUUAUCAGAAACAUUACAUACUUGGUGUUGACCCACGAGGCCAUAUCGCGUAUGGAUUUUCUAAUGAGUUUCUAUUGAUAUUUGAAUCUCAGAGCACUGAUACGUUGGAAUCAUGGAAUGGUAAUUUAACAUGGCCAGACGCUUCAUUUGUUCCUCAUGCAGUUGACAUUAGCGAGAAGUUUGGAGUAAUCACUGGAUUUAUUUAUCAUGCUAACAGUACAAAUCAACAGUAUGAUCCGGUGAUUUAUUUGAUUAACUUUAAUUCAUCUGGUCAUCCGAAAAUUGUUGAUGAAUAUAAACCAGUAGCAACACCCGGCACUUGGCAAGCUUUAUUGACUAAUUCAGAUGCGAAUACAUAUUCAGCUAAAUAUGAUAUGUCUAUUAGUAUUAAUGAAAACGGUGAUGUCCUCGUCGGAAUGCAAUUCAUCAAUCGAGUGUUUUUAUUUGCCGUGAAUAUCACCAAUCCUAUCAAUUUAACGUAUGUAAGUCGAAAUACGAACGGUAGAGCACUUGGAAAUGGAAAAGCUGUCGCGUGGUUAGAAAAUGGAAGUGUUGCUGCUAUAUUAGUGAAUAGUUAUACACUUAAUUACCGAUGGUUGUCAUCACAAAUCUAUCUCUAUGAUAUCAAAUCCAAUGGUUACAAUUCGAAUAGCACUCCCGUAUCGAUUUUUCCUAAUAAUCACCAAACAUUCCCGUCAAGACUAGGUCCAGUUAUUUUAAACGUCAUUUCAUCAUCGUCAUCAUCAUUGAUGAUACUCGAUGAACGAGGAAAUAUAAUCAUUUUCCUUACCACACACUCAGGAUUCUAUCCAUCUAUUAGAGAUACGGGAACCAUCGUUUCAGUCACUGAGCCAAAACCAUGUUUACGAGGUACUUAUAAAAAUCGUUCAGGAAUUACCGAUUGUGUUCUCUGUCCGAACGGUACAAAAAAUCCUGGCGACUUCACCACCUAUUGUGUUUCAUGUUCACCCAAAUCAUUUUGUUCACUUGGCUCAGCAGACGAAGUACCAGAAUCAGCCUUACAGACAACGUUUCAAGUUCUAGCAUAUCCUAAAUCGCCUGAGAGUACUAUCUUCGAAGAGAUUCUUCUAGAAAAUACGUUCAACAUUCAUCCUGGUCGUUGUCUCUUAGUAUCACCAUUGUUUUGGACAUUAAUUGCUGCAAGUAUUGCCUUAAUUAUAAUGAUCAUUGUUGUCUUCUUGAAAUUUUUCAUCAAACAUCCGAAGAGCAAACGCAUAGGGACAUUACUGACAUGUUUAUUCAAACACACUGAUUUGAUCAAUGAAGGCGAAUUGUGGGUUGGAGGCUUAGCCUCGUUUUCUAUUCUAGUUUUGGUUUGUUUCGCUCACGUAUUCAGUCAUCAGUAUUAUAAACAAUAUCCAAUCGAAACAUCAUCAGAUUCGUUCUUUGCCUGCGAUUUAUCGUUGAGAAAUGCCAAAUUUGAAACGAAUGUUCAAUCAUUAUCUGUUCCACAUUCAUUUACUGAACAAGAACUGUUUGAUUUGAUGAACACUCAAGAAUUUGUCUUGAACGUAGAUUUCGUUAAUACAUUGAUUAAUUGUGAUGCUAUAUCGAUUGAGAUGCAGUUGGGUCAAACGUGGUCAACUAUACGUUGGUUAACGUGUAAAAAUAAGAAUUCGAUCUUAUCUCUUUCCAUUCCACUUGCUUAUCAACAUAUUUCUGUUCGAAUUUUAUUAGACGAUAUCAAAACAAUCGGAGCGUUGCGGAUUGGUCUUACAGGUCACGGGCAUGAAAGUGAAAAUUUCACAUUGAGAGAGUUGAAUUUUUAUCAAUCCUUCUCGAAAAAUGGACAAAUUUUAGCACAAACCUUACCUGUAACGUUGUCGAUAACGAAAGUUAUCAACGAAACUGAAUCGUUGACCGGUGAAGAAUCUGAUUUCGGGGGAAUCUUCAUUCCUACGUUUAUCGUUGAUUUAAAUAGUUUAUUUCUCUCAGCUGAUCAAUAUAUUCGGAAUACGUUACCUUCAACAACAUUGUUACUUAUUCUCACUGAAACUCCUUAUUACAUCAAAAACCUACAAAGACCAAUUGCUAAACAAAGAGAAAUUAUCUUCAAUAAUCUUUUAUUUACAAUCGUUUGUUUAGAAAUAUUCGGUCUUAUAUUUCUACUAUUCAAGCUGAUUCUCAAACCAGUUUACUACUUGUUUCUCCGGAAAAUAUUUACAUGUCAUCAGCAUCAUCAUCAGAGGAAGAAGAGUACAGAUACAAAGCAAUCGAACGGUCAAUUACUUGCCACGAAUAAUCAAGUCAAUAAUGUGCUGAGUUACUCUUUCUGA